UUUGCACUAACUGCUUGCUUUCAUUCAUUUCUGUUUUUAGUUUCGUUUACUCAAACCAACCUUGAAAGUGAAAUCCAUUCUCUCUCUCUAACAUUUGAUUUGACUGAUUUUCUGGCAAAAUGGCUAGAAUUGCACUAACCGCUCGAUUUCGGCAAGCAGUUACUCCCAAUGCUCUUCGAUCUUAUCUUGCAGAGUUUAUCUCAACCUUCUUCUUUGUAUUUGCUGUUGUGGGCUCUAUGAUGUCCUCCAGAAAGUUGAUGCCAGAUGCUGCAUCAGACCCAGCUAGUCUGGUGGUGGUUGCCAUUGCCAACGCUUUUGCAUUGGCCUCGGCCGUGUACAUCGCAGCCAAUGCCUCCGGUGGCCAUGUGAACCCUGCUGUCACCUUCGGCAUGGCCGUGGGAGGACACAUUAGUGUCCCCAAUGCCAUCUGCUAUUGGAUUUCUCAGAUGGUGGCCUCUGUCAUGGCUUGCCUUCUCUUGAAAGUAACUGUUGUUGGGCAGCAUGUUCCAGCAUAUGCAAUUACAGAAGAAAUGACAGGUUUUGGGGCAUCAGUUUUGGAAGGUGUGCUUACAUUUGGGUUGGUGUACACGGUUUAUGCUGCUGGUGAUCCUAGAAAUGGUGCGGUUGGGGGCAUUGGGCCCCUGGCAAUUGGGUUGAUGGCAGGGGCCAAUGUCCUGGCAACUGGGCCGUUUUCUGGUGGAUCAAUGAACCCGGCUUGUGCAUUUGGGUCUGCAGUCGUUGCCGGUAGCUUCAAGAACCAAGCUGUGUACUGGGUAGGACCUUUGAUUGGUGCUGCAGUUGCUGGACUUCUAUAUGACAAUGUGGUGUUCCCUACCCAAGUUCCAGAUUCUCUUACAGGAGUUACAGAGGGAGUUGGGGUCUUCUGAAAUUAAA